UGCAAUUUGAAAUCUGUAUUAAAACUACUAAAUUAUCGGUUUAACCGAAUUAUUAACGCGACAGAGAUUAUCAAAACCUUACGAUGGAAGGAAAAGAACAAGAACAUAGAAAGUCUGACACAAAAGCUUUGCUGGUAAAGUAAAGCAACAUGGCAAGUAGGUCCUACACGCUUAGUGCUUCCAGGUUGAAGGUUCCUGGAACUUUGGCAUUGACUUGGUUGACCUAACACUGUCUUCGUCAUGGAAACUCAUAUCUUAAUCUAUUUGGUUGAUGAACUAGCAAGCUUAAUCCAUUGUUUUUCUCAACUUUCUCUGUACUUGGAAUUCCAAUUUGCUACUGUGACAACAUGGCUGAAGCUGUAGUUACUGUCAUGCUUAAGAAUCUCAACUCCUUAAUCUGCAAAGAGUUUGGAUUGCUUUGGGGUGUCGACAAAGAAAUGAGGAGGCUCUCUAGCAUCCUCGAAACCAUCUGUGCGGUGCUUCACGAUGCCGAGAGGGACGAGAGGCAGUCAGAAAACAUGCCAAUCAAGGAUUGGCUGCAAAAGCUUAAGGAUGUUUAUGGUAAGAUGGAUGACAUUCUGGAUGAGUGCUCGAUGGAGGCAUCACGACUGGAGUACAAAAGCCAGAGGUUUGGAUCAACCCAAAAGGUUAGAGCUUCUGUCCUAUCCUUUAUGAACCCAAAAAAUAUUUGGUUUCGUUAUCAUAUUGCAAAAAAGAUUCAAGAUGUUUUAGAGAGAUUGGAUGAAAUUGCAAAUGAACGUUUGAAGUUUCACUUGCGUGAGCGUGAGGUUGUUGAGGAUCGGAGACCUGUCCAAGUAAGAAAGAAUCGUGAAACAGGCUCCGUAGAUCAGAAACAUGUGUAUGGAAGAGAAGAAGAUAAAGAUAAGAUUGUGCAGUUUUUGGUAGAGAAUUCAAGAAGUUCCAAAGAUCUCUCUGUCUAUCCUAUUGUGGGUAUGGGUGGCUUGGGAAAAACUACCCUUGCUCGAUUGGUGUUCAAUGAUAAAAGGGUUGGUGAGAAUUUUGAGAUGAAAAUAUGGGUAUGUGUUUCUGAGGACUUUGAUGAGAAGAGAUUGAUAAAAGCUAUGAUAGAGUCUGCCACUACAAAUAUUUGUGAUGAUAUGGGCAUGGAUCCCCUGCAGAAGCGCCUACAAAGCAUAUUGGGGACGAAGAGAUUUUUGCUUGUCUUGGAUGAUGUGUGGAAUCACAACCGAGAGCUAUGGGAAGGGUUAAGAAAUGUACUUGCUUGUGGAUCAAAUGGUUCUUCGAUCGUAGUUACCACUCGUCUCAUAAAGGUUGCAUCUAUUAUGGGAACAACACCAAUGCAUCGGUUGUCACGUUUACCAGAAGAUGAUUGCUGGUCAGUGUUUAAGCAUAGUGCAUUUCUAAAUGAACGUGAAGAGCGACCAAAUCUUGUAAAAAUUGGGAAGGAGAUUGUGAGGAAGUGCAAGGGAAAUCCGCUAGCGGCAAAGACUUUAGGAAGCUUAUUGCAGUUCGAAAGUGAGGAAAAGAAGUGGCUUUCCGUUAUGGAAAGUGAACUUUGGAAUCUGCCACAAGAAGAAACUCACAUCCUGCCUGCUUUGAGAUUGAGCUACCUUCAUCUACCAAUUGAUUUACGACGAUGUUUUGCGUUUUGCGCCAUAUUUCCCAAGGAUUUUAAAAUAGAGAAGGUAAGAUUAAUUCAUCUGUGGAUCGCUAAUGACCUGAUAUCUUCCAAAGGAAAAAUGGAGGUGGAAGAGAUUGGCAAUGAUAUCUUUAAGGAAUUAUAUUGGCGAUCAUUCUUCCAAAAGGAGUACCACAUUGAUCGUUUCACGAUGCAUGAUCUAGUGCAUGAUCUUGCUCAAUACAUUAUGAAGGAUGAAGUACUGCAUGUUUCAGAAAUUGAUUGCCCUGAUCAUAACUUAUCGAGGGUUCGCCACAUGACAUUUAAUUCCUCUGAACCAACAAUAUUUGACAUGCGUUCUGCUUUAUACAAACCAAAAUCCUUGCGUACUUUAGUGUUGAUGCCGUCUGUCAAUAAGUUUCCUUAUGGCUUGUAUUUUCGUUCUUUACGAGCUUUUGUUGCUAGACGGUCAAGCAUAGAGUUAUCAUGUUUAUCUUCUCUAAUCGUUAGUUCGAAACAUUUAAGGUAUUUGAAUCUUUCGGGAGCUCAGAUCAGAUUCCUUCCCGAGCCAAUUUGUUCCUUGCAAAGCUUACAGACUUUGGAUGUAAGUCAUUGUUAUAAUCUUCAGAAGCUACCAAAGCAUAUGAGUCGAUUAAGGAGUCUUUGUCAUCUUUAUAUUGAAGGUUGUCGUUUGUUAAAUCACAUGCCUCCCAACAUUGGGAAACUAAGUUGCUUAAGAAGUUUAAGCAGGUUUAUUGUGGAUCGGAGAAGAGGAUAUGAUACAGAUGAGUUGGGAAGCUUAUUAAAACUUGGUGGUAGUUUGAGAAUCGAACACCUUGAGAAAGUGAAGAGUCCAGUGGAAGCCAAAAAAGCCAAUCUAGUGGGAAAGACGAAUCUCCAAAGGUUGCAUUUGCAUUGGUAUUACAACCUAAAUGAAGUAGGAGACCAAAAGCUGAAUGAGCAGGUACUUGAUGCUCUUGAACCUCCUCCGACUUUAAAACUUUUGGAAAUUUCAAAUUUUAGAGGUGGACAUUUCCCGCAUUGGUUUAAUGCAGACUUUGAAAAUUUAAUCAGCAUAGAUUUCAGUUACUGUAAAAACAGUAUGGAACUUCCUACAGCCAUGGGGAAACUACCAUCUCUAACAUCUCUUUAUUUACGUGAUAUGGAUUGUUUGCGGUAUGUGGAUAAUGAAUCCUAUAAUGGACAGCUAUUCGGCGGCUUCUUCCGCUUAGAAACUCUCAGGAUUCUUUAUUUACCAAAUUUAGAAAGGUUGUCCAGGGUGGAAAGAAGCCACACACUCCCACGUCUAUCCAAUUUGGAUAUUGGUGGAUGCCCUAAACUGACCUCCUUACACUAUCUUCCGUCAAUCGAGAAGUUAUAUGUAACGAAAUGCAAUGAGACAGUGUUAGAAUCAGUUUCAAAUCUCCAUACUCUAAAAUCACUUUAUAUAUCUGAUAAUGAUGAUUUGGCUUCCUUUCCCGAUGGGUUCCUGCAUAAUCUGACCGCUCUCAAAUCACUUGGGAUUUCAAGAUUCAGAAAGCUUCAAGAUUUGCCAUCUGACAUGCUUAUUGGCCUAACCGCUUUGGAAAAAUUAUCUAUCUCUCAUUGCGAAAUGCUUGAGUGCUUUCCAACGGGAAUAUUUCAAGGCUUAAUUAGCCUUAAAGAGAUACACAUUAAGAAGUGUAGAAAGCUGAAAGGUUUGUCAGAUAGCUUUGGAGACCUUACUGCCCUUGAAUCAUUGCAACUCCAAGGUUGUUCAGAGUUGGAAACUUUCCCAGAUGGUCUUAACAAUCUUUCUUCCCUCCAACGUCUGACCCUAGUACGAUUGGCAGCUUUGCCUGAGAACUUAAAGCAUCUCCCCUCUCUUAAAUAUAUGGAAAUUUCUGGGUUUCCAAAUCUUGAAAAUUUGCCUGAGUGGCUUGGAGACUUGACAUCUCUUUCUUCAUUAUCUAUUAGCAAUUGUCGCAACUUGGAAUAUCUACCCAAAUGUAUCCAACACCUCACCAACUUACAGAGCUUGGCAAUCGGAGAUUGCCGUAAAUUAAAGAAACGAUGUAAAAAUGGAAUCGGGGAGGACUGGCACAAAAUAGCCCACAUUCCACGUAUCCAUGUGUGGCCUGCUAGCUAGCGACCCACUCAUACAAGAAGACACGGAAAAUUGUUUGAUCAACGUAGAGGUUUAAUAAAGCUCCUCAUGCCCACUGGUGGUUCUGAAUCUGCAUUUCAGAAGGCAGAGGAUGUGGUGCUUCCAGGGAGGGUGACGAGGUCGGAUAAGUGGUUCAGAAAUUUCAGGUUUAGUUUUGCAGUUCCUGAGCAAAAAGUUAGGAGUGCUGGAUCAUUCAUAAUGAAGGACGUUAGCAGAAAUUUCACGAUAUGGAUUUGUAUUGUAAAUGCAUUUUAGCAUUUAUAUUAAGUUAUAUGUUUAUGAUUUGCUUAGUUCUUCUAGGUUGAAAGUAUUGAGAUUAUAACAUGUGUCUACAAUUAAUUAGACAUAUUUCACUAUUCUUGGUUUCACCUUCUCUUUUUAUUAAAAAUUAAAUAACUUAUAAAUGGGCACAAAUUUUUGUGUGGAGAUUGAUGUUUAAAGUUUAUAUAUAUGUGAUCUUGUUUCUAGAGUUUUGCAUUA